AUGCCUAUGUUUACACCAGACAUAUUCCAAGCCAUAAUCAGGUCAUUCCUCAAUGACUGCACAGAUGUGAGUUGGCAGUUGUUAUCAGAUGGCAAAAUGGACUCAGACGCGAUCAUUCUUCUAACAAGAAUGUGUCAGGAGAUCACAGAUACGCUCACCAUCCUGAUCUUGGAAGUUACUUUACCUCAGGUUAAUAAGUGGAUGGACUGGGUGGAGGAGGAAAACCACAGAAACGCCUGCAUCCCAGCCUCCUUCCCAACGGUUUAUACGCAAAGGACUCGUACUUAUGACAGAGUGACAGAAGACGAUGUUGAGGCCAGUUUUGGGAACUGUCUUGACUGCUGUUUCGGUAUGGCACUAGGACUCCCACAGAGUAAAACCGAACAAUCUCAAGCACUCCUGGCUUUGUUCAUAGUAUCGAUAACAAAGAGGGUGAACAGUGGUCUUCAAGAACUCACACAGCCAUCCUCUUCCAACUCGUCCAGUGAGUCAGUUUCAUCAACCGAUUCUCAAACCGAAGAUAUCGUUUACCUCAUCGCUCAUAUCUUGAGAGCUUGCAUGAGAAAUGAUAAGGGGCUUCCCUCACCGCAGUUUUCCCGAAGAAGCUGCACGUUUUCAGAUGACGAGACAGAUAUCAGAAAGAUAAUGGAAGCAGCAGAUCAAUUGCUGGCUUUAACUGACAUUGAAGAGCGUUCGGCCACUCCGGCAGGGAAGCCGCCACAAAAAAGUUUAGAGGAAGAAGCAGAAGACGACGAAGAACUCAAAAUCGUUUUAGAUUUCCUCGCAAGUGAAAGGGAAAAUGAGGCUUCCGUGAAACCAGAGAAUCUGCCACAAAAAAGUUUAGAGGAAGAAGCAGAAGACGACGAAGAACUCAAAAUCGUUUUAGAUUUCCUCGCAAGUGAAAGGGAAAAUGAGGCUUCCGUGAAACCAGAGAGUCCGCCAAAAAGAAGUGCAAAGGAAGAGGAAGAACAACGACUCUAUUUGGAAACUGCUGCAGAAUUCUUCCCCAGUGAAAAUGAGGCUUCCAUGAAACCAGAGAAGCUGCCAAAAACAAGUGCAGAGCAAAAGGAAGAAAACGGGAGAAUCAUCAAUGCAACUUUAGAAUUCCUCGCAAGUGAAGGCGAAAAUUACUCUUCGAUUGAACGAGAGAAUCUGCCACAAAAAUCAGCAGAGAAACUGGAAAGAAAAGCAAUGCACUAUUCAUCAGUCAACAUCUCACCGCUAGAGUUUAUUCAGUACUAUGACAUUUCUGGAAAGAAAUCAGAAGUGAGUCUUUUUUCCAGUUUGGUCUUUAAAGCAUCUGAUAGUUUUGGAGAGCCACUAAAAUCAGAAGAAGGGUUAGGAAGUGAAUGUACGAGUCUUUCUUCCAGUUUAGUCAAUGAAACGUCUAAUAGUUAUAACGAGGAGUUGCCACAACAACGCAGAAAAGUCCUCAGAAAGGCCAAAAAGGCCAAAAAGGGCAAAAAGAAGGCCGAUUACUCUUCAACAGAGACUUCAGACGGAGGCACACAGCAACGAUACGACGAAAGGUACCAAGAUGAAAAGGAGGAUUUCUGCUCUGAAGAAGAGUUGCUGAUAAAGCAACACAGGACCUGUCUCACUGUGUUUCUAGUCAAGCUACUAGAUCACAUUGCACCCCCAAACCAGCCAAUUUACCACACUGACUUCGUGGGGAUGGUGGAGCGCCUGAGAAUGAAGACGGAUACGAUCCGGUUUGCCACUCUCCUGAGAACCAGUGAAAACCUCCACAUCCCAGUCUACAAAGACCUCGUCGAGCAGUUUGGAUCUGCGGAGGAGAUUCAGAGUGCCGUUAGAUACAAAAGGGCCAUUUUUGAGAAAGCCGUGUCCACGGCAUUGAACAAAAAUCUGUGGAAGUGUUCAGAAAAAACUCGCAGCUCUGCCGUGAAGAGGAAGACCAAGAAGAGGGUCAAGCAAUUCUCCACAGACAGUGAGAUGAACACAUCGUCAAUGUCGGAAGAGUUCGACUGGGUGGUAGGAUCCACACCCCUACCACAGAAGAAGAACAAGAAGAAGUGCAUCUUAUGUCACAUGAUCGACAGCGUCACCAAGUUCUUCAGGAAGGUGUUCAAGUGA